UAAAAGUCGUUGAACAAUUUUUUUAUUACUUUAAUACGCCCUUGCUUUAUACUGCAAUUGGAAAUAUGGCUCCCAAGUUAUAUGGAGAUGUUCUAAGUCCUUGUGUUAGAGCAGUUUUGCUAACGGCAAAAGCUUUAAAUAUUAAUCUAGAAUUUAAUCCAAUAAACCUUGUAGGCGGAGAACAUUUAUCGGCAGAAUAUUUAAAGAUCAAUCCUCAACACACCGUUCCGACAUUGGAUGACGAUGGUGUUGUCAUUUGGGAUAGCCACGCUAUUAUGAUUUAUUUGGCCGAAAAAUAUGGUAAAGAUACACCCUUCUACCCCACAGAUGUAGCGAAAAGAGCUAGAGUAAAUAGACUUCUAUUUUUUGAAUGUGGUGAACUAUUUUCUAUGCAUAGGUACUUAUGUGCUGAACUUUUCGGUAAAAAAAUUUUUUCUGAAGACAUUGCUUCUGAGGAAAUAAAGGCUCUUCAAUUCCUGGAAGUUUUUCUCAAGAGUAGUAAAUAUGUCGCGGGAGAUGAAAUGACCAUUGCUGAUUUUAGUAUUUGGGCUACUUUAACUAAUUCUUCAAACCUAGUUCCUAUAGAAGAAACAAAUUUCCCAAGAAUUACGGAAUGGAUGGAGCUUAUGAAUCAGAAUCCAUAUAAGGAAAUUAAUGAACCGGGAGCAGCAACAUUUAAAAAAUUAAUCAAUGCAGUAUUAAAAAAAUAAAUUUUUUGUUAUGGUAGAGCCGGUAGGGGAGCAAAGUAUACUAAAUGUACAGUCACUCGAGUGUUAUGGGGACCUAUUGGGUUGUGAUUAUUAGGUCCUAAAAUAAAAAAAAGUUAAGUAAAAUUUUCAAUUUUUUAAUUUAAUUUUCCAAUCCAACAAUCGCUUUUAUCUAUUAUAGCGCCAUCUAUCCAUAAUUCGAAAAAAUGUCUCGAAUAAAAGUUGCUUAUUUUUACGUAAAGAAUCCAAAGCAAUAAAAAUUUAGGGGUCCCAUUUAAGAUUUUAAAGUAACCUCACCUCCGUGGGGGGUCGUGUUUGGUACCAUUCGAUACAUUAUUCAAAAACAUUUUGAAAGUGUAUUUUGCAGUUUUUCGAUCUGAUAUUGAUUUUGCGAAAUAUCGCGGGGUUUGUAUUUAAAAUUUUAAAUUUACCCCCCACCCCUCUCCAUGUUUAGUACCAUUCGAUAGAUUUUUGAAAAAUAUUGAAGACGUAUUUUCUAGUUCUGACGUUUAUUUCGCGAAAUAUUCCCUUUUUUUUUGUGAAACUUUUGACUCACCCAUUGGCUAACGCUCUGCUCAAAUCGUCAGAUUUUUUAAAUAUACACUCUUUUGCAUGUACUUAACUUACCGUGUAUUAAUAUGACAAUUUCGAGUACUUUUAAGGAUAGAUUUUUUUUCGGGCUUCCUUAACGAACUUCCCUGUGUUAAGAGCCAAUAUAUGGUAGGGGUAUAUCUGCAGGGUACAAGGUUUCUCCCCAUAUGAUAAUUUGACGCGCUCGAGUAACUGCAAAAAUCCCCGCUCGGGCUCCCCUACUUAUAAUUUUUGUAUUUAAAUACCUAAUAUUUGAAUUCAAAAAUUGUAUAUUAUUUUAAUAUGAUAAUUAAUUAUAAAUAUAUUAUAAUUUUUCAA